AUGAAGAUAUUUAGUGUAGCAGUGAUUAUGGCGAUCGCCGCAACUGUAACUGUUUCCAAUGGGGCAACCGACUCUGGACUCGACGUGGAUUAUAUGAAAGAGAUUCCAAAUAUCUAUAGCAGAUGUCCGCCAAAUGUAACUGCAGAUUUUGAUGUGAUCUUCAAUGGUGAAGAUUCGUCAACGGCUAAAGGUUGUGCCUCACUCAAAUUCAGUUCUCGUCAUGGCUCUAACGAAAUGAAAGUAUUCAGAGUGAAGUUUGGUCAAAUCAAUGACGGUGUUUGUGUGUUAGGCGACUAUGCAGAUGUGGUCCAGUUGGUGUUUUCCUGUACAUCACAAUCAGCCACGAAGCCACUAGAUUUCAACAAUGGAAAAGUGUACGGACUAAACGGCCUUCUCCUGAAACCGGAGGGUAAACUCCAGACCCGAUGUGUCUUGUACAAGAUGACGAACCACGUGAUGACCAUGAUGGCAGUUAGCGGUACCACAUCAUGCGAAGGCUUAUCAAGCAUGAUGUUUUAUUCGCAGGCGACGCCCCUCGCAGGAUCAAUGUUGUUGCGGUUGAACAAGCCCAGAGACAAUCCAAGAUAUCGUCGCUCGACAUCAGAAGAUAAAAACUCAACACAAUUGAACUUCUUUUCAGGGUCUAGAUAUUACUGGAAGACAGGCUGA